AUGACCAGGGGUUGCAUACAGGGAUCGGUCUGCGGACCUACCUUGUGGAACACGAUCCUGGAUGACCUUCUUUCAAUGGAACUGCCAUCUGGCUGCCACCUUCAAGCUUAUGCCGAUGACGUACUGCUUGUUACCCACGCGAAAGACACCACCGCACUCGAAAACUUAACAAAUACUAUGCUCUCAAAGAUCACAGCAUGGGGGAAAUCCGUCAAGCUCUCCUUCGGGCCCUCCAAAACUCAAGCAAUGGGGUUCACAAACAAAUCAGCCAAAUGCAUCAUUAAAAUAGACGACCAAAAAAUCAGUUUUGUCAACUCUUUCAAAUACCUGGGAGUUGUCAUAGACCGUAAGAUGCGAUUUACGCAGCAUGCAACCUAUACCAUAGAAAAAUCUAAAAAAUUAUUAAACAAACUCACCAUUUUUGUCAGACCCACUUGGGGCGUCCACGCAGAUAAUAUACGUAUCAUUUACGAGCAGGUAAUACAGCCAAUCAUUUACUACGCCGCGAGCAUAUGGUCCGGCGCACUGCGAUACUCGUACAUUCGGAAAAGACUCCUCUCAUUACAACGGCUCUUUGCCCUCAAAAUUAUUCAGGGAUUCCGCACUGUGAACACCCCCACAGCAAUCUCGCUUGCCAACCUUACUCCUCUUCCCUCGAAAAUUCUUGCAAUAGCUGAUUGCGAACGCACCAAACUCAACGGCUUCUCUUCUUUUCUACCCUCCGACAUCCCACUGGAAACCCCCACCCACCCAACUUACUUCCUUCACCCCUCUCUCAGGAAUGGCAUUAAAUUCAAAGAGUUAAAAUCAGUGGAAGAAAUUGCUGCAGUGUGUGGUCCCGACACUACCCAAGUAUACACCGACGGCAGCAAGCACAACGACAGGGUAGGAGCUGCUGUCGUUAUUAUACAAAACAAUAGCGUCAGAUAUAUUAAAAAACUGAAACUCCACGAGUGCUGUUCGGUGUUCCAGGCCGAAAUGCUUGCAAUACUGCAUGCCUGCAAGCUGCUUUUAGACCGAAGAUCCUCUCCUGCCACAGUCCUUUCAGACUGCAAGUCCGCCCUUACAGAACUGGCAAACCCCUAUAGCUCGAACCAUUUUGCUACGCAAGUCCACAAUCUCCUCUUAGAUGCUGAGUCUGCUGGCCUCAGUAUAUCGUUCGCUUGGAUUAAAUCCCAUAUCGGGAUUCCAGGCAACGAACUGGCUGAUUCCGCCGCUAAAUCUGCUGCCAAUCUUCACCGCUCCUGUGACUAUGCAUCGAUCCCAAUCAGUUACGUUAAAUAUAAGAAUAAUCUCCUCUGCCGCCAGGCAGCCUCUGAUCUCUAUGACACAGCAACUCACAUCAAAACUCUUAUCCCCAGCUAUGAGCAGCUCCAAAUAUAUUUAGCGUCAGUCAAACCAAACUUCGCGAUCACGCAAUAUUUAUCCAACCACGGCUACCACAAAUCUUAUCUUCACCGCUUCCACAUCACCCCCGAUAAUCUGUGUCCAUGUGACGGGAUUAGCAUUCAGACCUGGAAACACCUGACUCAGGAAUGUCUUCGCUUUUCUUCCACUCGGAAUGACCACUUGAUUGUGGCGGAUGGUUCGAGCCCCUAUGACAUAACCCAGCUGACGCCAGAAGCUAUGGACACCAUGCACAAUCUCAUUUUUCAGAUUGUCAGGCAGCUCAAGCGGUUUAACAACAACUAG